AUGCGGCGCGAACUGCUGACGGCGGAACUGCUUGAAGUUCCGCAGCGUCUCACCGCGCUUGAACAAGGCAUCGCCGCUCUCUUGGAGCAUGCCACCGCGACGAAUAGGCGACUCGAUCUCAUGGAAGAGGACAUCAGGGAGAUGAAGGGAGACAUCAACGGACUAGGCGAAGCGUUCAGGCGAGAAGUGCAAGCUCAGUCGAGCUACCGCGGCAACUAUGCUCAGAGCGCAGCUACCGGAAGCAACCAGGACAUAGCCCGCCCCUUCGCCGAACUUCGCGGCAUGAAACGAAUCAAGACUAGGCAGGUCUCAAGGGCUAGGAUGGAGAGCUGGCUAGUGAACAAUGUCUCCUUAGUUGAAGCCCUAGACCUUCGCCCAAGAGCAUGGGACACGUUCCUUACGCCUGAUGAUAUUGCAGGUGUCAGAGAUUUGCAGGCUGAAAACGACGCAGAGCCGGCGUUCUACAUCGUGGUGGAAGCCUCUUACACAGGAGAAGCAGAGGACAUUGACAAAGCCAUCGACCAUGCCAAGAUUGUCCAUGCGGUCACCGGCUUGGACGCCUAUCCGAUAGUAGCGGCGGUGCGGCUGGACGAUAAAAUGGAGCCGGAAAUGCGGAGCAGGCUCUACGACGAUGUUCAAAAAUUCGUCGCAGCCAAUGAUGCAGAUGCAGCGUUCUGGUUUCGGCUAGGCUCGGCUGAUCUGAGGCCCGCCGAGCCACGCUAG